AAGCGAUUUAAACGUUUUUCUGAUUGCUUGAGUAACUUUCAGGGUGUUGGGUUUGUUCUCCUCCACUGUUUGCGUCUCUCAGUGCGGAUCAUGGCUUUUUCUGGAGAGUCAGUGGAGAGUCUGGAGGACAUUCCCGCUCAUGUGUGGAGCGGCUUGCCGGAGUAUCUGCAUCUCGGACCGUCGGCUGUAAAUCCGAGUCGCGUCGGUGUUUGGGCCACUAAAGUGAUCCCAAAGGGGAAACGGUUUGGCCCAUUUAUUGGAGAGAAGAAGAAGAGGUCACAGGUCACCAGUAAUGUUUACAUGUGGGAGGUUUAUUUCCCGGCUCGGGGAUGGAUGUGCAUCGAUGCUACAGACCCGCUGAAGGGGAACUGGCUCCGGUACGUGAACUGGGCUCGUUCCAGCGAGGAGCAGAAUCUGUUUCCACUGGAGAUCAACAGAGCCAUUUACUACAAAGUUUUGAGG